GCUGAGGCUGUUUCUUCUUUCCAUUUGGACGACAUUCUACAUGCUAUCGACAUUGUGCUCUCACAGGCCUUCUUUGAGACUCCCCAUCCUGUCGACACUAUGCUUCUUUCGCACACCGGACGCCGCAAGUCUCUUCUUAAAUUAGCAGCUUUAGACACCAUCGCCUCCAGCCUCGAAGAUGAUUCCCAUAUCUUCUUACUGCAUUCUACAAACACUUCAAUUUCCCAGACAACUUCAUCGACUGGGCACAGUAUUAGCACUCCCUUUUUCGAUCAGCUGCAGCUAGGCAAAUGGUUGUACAGCGCCCUGGGACGCCUCUUAACGCUAGCCAGGACGAAGGUCGAAGAACAAACAAUUCGUCAUCUGGCAGUCGUCUGCCACGACCGUUUCUUGGCGCUUCAGCUUGAACAAAUCGAUAGCGCCAGUCAGCUCUUCGUCCGACAUGACAAUUCAGGUGUCAUUAAAAUUUGGUCAUGA